AUGGAUGCCGUCGGGCGCAGAGAGUCGGUGUGCAGGAGUCUGUUCGGCCCCGUGGACCACGAGCAGCUGCGCCGGGACUUGACGCUCAAGCUGCGGGAGUUCGCGGAGCAGGACAGCCGCCGCUGGAACUUUAACUUCCAGACGGAGACGCCGCUGUCCGGCCGCUUCCAGUGGGACGAAGUCCCCGCCGACGCCGCCGCGGCCGUCUACCGGGAGUGCGCGCCGCGAGCACGCGCCGAUCCGAGCGACCGCCGCGAGGACGUCAGCGCGUGCACCGACCAGGAGAACCGCUCCAGCGUGUCCAACACGCGCCAGUGUCCCGCGGAAGCGACGGCCGCGCGGAGGAAGAGGACGCUCUCGAGACCCGCAGCCAAGUCCGGAAGCAACGCACGAAUCACAGAUUUUUUCUCAAAGAGGAGGAGGACCACAGAAACCAGGAGCAUCCUGACUCCUUUCCACUCGAGUUCCAGUGAAGCAGCUGCGUGCAAAACAUUACGGUGAAGAACACGCUGCUGAAAAUGGACUUGUUAUAUGUUAUGGACUUGGACCCAAGGCCAAAGGAUUCUAUUUUAUGUUAUUUUAUUUUUAUUUAAUUAUUGCCAGUUUUACUAUUUUAUCAACCGGGGGUUAAAUUAUACAAAUUGUGUUCUGUUAUU